AAUUUUCUUCCCUUCUUUAGAAUCAUCUACAAUGCUAAACGAUCAAACAAUUGAAUUAAAUUUUGUGCGCAACCGUUUGGAAACAUUUCAAAGCACCGUAUUGCGUGACGUACAGAAACGUAUGUCGAGCAUGAUAGACGAGGUCAUGCAAGAACUUCGACAACAUGAACUGCAAACAAAUGAAUUUCGUAAUUUUGCAACACCACAUAUGUUGCACAAUCAUCAUGUUAACACAUCAAACACCUGGAGUAAUCGUAUAAGAACUGAAACUAAACCAAAGACGAUUGAAAGUACAGAUAAGGAAGUUUCUCAUGAAGAUGAUGUUAAAGUCAUGGAUACAACUACUAAUGCAACAGAUACAGAUUCUUCUAGCAGUGGGAAUAAGAAAAGAUCCAAAUCGAAGAAAUAUAAUGCAUUGCCUGAAAAGAUAUUCGUUACGCGCGAAUCAUUUUUGACGGCCCUCUUAGAGGUCGAUCAUAUGAAGACAAUUUAUCAUAUAUUUUAUAUAAUAUUUUUGGUCUUUUUGCUGAAUAAUAUCACUUAUGAGUAUUUGGUUAAAGGAAGGUGAGUGUUCAGAAUCAUU